AUGGCUUGGUUUCUCUCGCGACUCGAGCGGCAGGCUCUUGCAGGCUUUGCUGUGUGCGUCGUGGUCACUGCUGUUCUACAUGAGGUGAUGCAGCUUCGAGAUCUGGCGACAUCCAUCCAGACACAAUUGUUGGAGGAUCACUAUUCCACUCUAGGUGUGGCCGUGGAUGCCAGUCAAGCAGAGAUCACCACGGCGUAUCGGCGUGCAACCAACAAGAUCAGCUCAAAGCAGCAAGACAAGCAAAGCCGGGCAAAGCUCAGUGCGGCUUACGACACCUUGUCCGGAGCAUCGCGACCUGCCUACGAUAAGCGCAGGCAGUUUGUGAUGCUGGCGAGCUUCAUCCUCCUUGCGGCCCUGGUCAGUGUGCCUGCGGUGUUUCUCGCUUACUUUUGUGCUCGGGUCUUGGUGCGAGUCCGCGGACGAGAUCUGGAUCCUCAAAGCUUCACUGGGCGAGUCAAUCAGAGUCUUCAGAACAUGGAGCUCUCCUUGGAGGUGAAGAUCGCCAAGGACCAAGACGGGCCUCUGGGAGCGCAGCUCAUGCAGGUUGACAAUGGAAAAAGGCUACAAAUCUGCAAGAUUGCGGGUGAAGGUCUCAUUCAUCAGCACAAUGCGAAGGUGUUUGAAGAGAGGGAAGGUCGUGACGCCGUGGGCAUCUCGCCAGCCGGAAUGGUUUGGUGGCACCUGCCCUUGCUUCGAGAAAGUGACAUCAUCGAGUCGGUCAACGAAAAGAGGGGUGCCACUGACAUGAUGAACGAGCUCCAGUCUGGUGAGGAGUGGCUCUCCCUCCGCAUACGCCGACGUCUCGUUGGUGGAGCUUCGGUUCUUCCCUUCCUCUUUGAGCAGAAGCUGACCCGUCGCGAGAACGAAAGGUGGGGCUGCGAGCUGGUGGCCCCUCCCGACGAGAGCGACAGCCUGCAGGUUGCCGGUGACGUUCUGGAAACUUCCUCUCACGAGGCAAGUGCCGGGACCACGCUGCGCCCGGGGGAUCGCAUCGUGUCCGUCGGUUCAGUGGUCGGUUCCAAGAUGCUGGACACCUUGCGUGACAGCUCCCUUCUGUCACUUAGUCUCCUCGUCGUUCGAGGGGUGCUGAUGCCGCCAGGGCUGAUCCAAGCCUCGCCGAAGGAGGUGUCCUGUGGGCCCUUGCAAAAACGCGAAGGACAAAAGCUUGGUAUUCGAAUCGGGCAUUGCUUUGAAAGCCCUCCUGCGCACGGGAUCCUUCUGGGACCUGGUUGUGCGAGCUCUAUGGUCGUCAAGGAGGUCGUCCCCGGUCAUCUUGUCGACCAAUGGAAUGUCCAGCAGGCGAGCUCCGACGUGCUGCUUCCCAGCUGCGUCAUUGUGGCCGUCAAUGGCCGCCGACAGUCCCAAGAGUUCGCCACGGAGCUUGCAAAGCCUGUCGUCACCAUCGUGUUCCGUCCCUUGCCCGCUGAGCUUGUCCAGCGACCGGAAGUUCAGGUCAAGGAGCCGAGUUGUGAAAGCGCGGACAGCGGUCAACGCCGUCACGUCAGACCACUGCACCUCGACAUCGACGAGGAGGCUCUUCGGCCAUGGCCUUCGCGAGUUCUGCACGGCUGGGCCCCACGCUGGCUGCUUCCGCGUCCCUUUGAGGAGCGUCUGCGGAAUCAUCUGCGCCUUUUGCAUUGCGAGUUCACUGUCCGCAUCGAAAGACCAGACGAAACAAGGCGAUUGGGCCUGCACCUCCAGAGCGACCGUGGAGGCCUGCAGGUGCUGGAGGUUGCUGACGGUGGUCUGGUGGCACAGCACAACCACAACAUCCGCUUGGCGAGUCGGAGUGCCACCGAAAUCGACGUCCGCCGUGGUGACCGGCUGGUUGCUGUUGGCAGCACCACCUCACCUGGCGCAAUGAUGGAUCAACUUGCAAAACAAGGGCAGGAUGAUCUGGAGCUCCGAUUCACACGUCCUGCGGCGAAAUCUGCUCCUGGGGUGUGGGAGAUCGACAUAAGGAGGAGUGAGAACCAAGGUUGGGGUCUGGAGUUGUCUGAAGUGAUGAUGACCACCCCGGCCGGGCCCCGAAGUGCAGGCGUCCUCAAAGUGCAGCGGGUCGCUGAGGAGGCCGCGCUCGGACAGUGGAACAGUAGCCAAGACGCACAGUGGUGUGUGGAGCCUGGAGACCUGCUUGUCGCCUGUGAGCCAGAGGUGGAGCCGAAGCAGAUUCUCCAGAGGCUUCGCGGGGCUCAAGAAGUCAGGUUGACGUUUCUCAGAUGGCACAAAGGUGCUGCCCCAGAACCGGAGGCCCUCCCCUCCGAGCCUGGGAGGACCAGCUUCGAGGUCGUCAUCUCCAGGACCGGCGAAGAUCGCUUGGGCCUGCGCUUGCGACCGUGUUCGCGCGAUCCCACACGCACCGUGGUUUCGGAGGUGGUGCCGGACAGCUUGGUCGACAGGCACAACAAGGCAAUGCCGGACAACCAGAUCGUGCAGGGUGACGAGGUGGACUCUGUGAACGGAGAAGGUGAUCCUGCUCGCUUUCCCGACUGUUGCUCACAGUCGAGGAUUGUUUUCAGGCUGACGCGCCGCUCCAAACGGCAAGCGAGCACAGGUGAGGAAGAAGCCGAGCAGGCUCAAGCGGAGCCUCCAUCGGAGCCUCCAGUGGAGCCUCCAACGGAGCCUGCGGCCGGAGUGCUGGAGCAGACGGGCCAAAGCCUUUCUGAAUCCCGUCAGCCGCCUCACUCAGAGCACUCAGAGCACUUAGAGGCCUCCGAGGGCCGCCAGGGCCAGGAAGGCCAAGACGAAGGCGACGGAGAAGGCCAAGGAGGAUCCCAGCCAAGUACGGAAGGAGUUGAGGCUGGAAAGAUGCCUCUCGACAAGCCCGAGGAGUUCGUCGAGGUCUCCCAACCGACGGAUUCGGCUCCACAGCAGUGUGCAGAUGUGCCAGGAUCAGUCGGAUCGAUCCAGGGGCAUUUACCAGAAGCAGACGGCAGGCAGCAGACGUGCGCAGACCUCACCCGUGAGCAACCUCCUCUGCCUAGAGAGGCAACGCACCGACCAGGCAGAGAAGUGGCAACGAAGGAGCUUUCCUCUCUGCUGCUGAUGCCCGCGAAAGCGGCGCUCCUCGCGUCCCUGGCCGCCGGCCUCGACACGGCCUCGCGCCGGCACCUCGAGGCUUCCCUGGACCGCUUGCAGGAACUCUCGAUCUCCAUGGGAGGCCUGGGUGACGGCGAGAGCGCGAAAAGUUCCCAGCUCGCCUCGCUUGGCCCGCGCUCGCAAUGCCGUCAGCGCCGUCGGGUGGUCAGCUCCGUUUUGCUUCAGCUGUGGCUCAAAGAAGCUCUGGGGCUGGUCGACAUGUACUACGACUUCGAUUGGAAAGAUGCACCGCUGUCCUCCCACAGCACUCCAGUCAUCGCCGGUUGCCUCUAUUUGCUGAUGGUCCUACUGUUGCCUCGAUGUGUCCCGGAAGGCGGGUUCAAGCUGGACAAGACCCUGGUGGUGCACAACUUCAUCCUUAGCUUCAUGUCCUUGGUCCUCUGUUUGGGAUGCGCCUUCGAGAUGGUGCAGAGGGUGAGGAGCGAGAGCAGCGUGGAAUGGAUGUUCUGCGAAAAUAGAUCGAUGUCCGCACGAGGCCCGCUUUAUUUCUGGUCCUGGGCCUUCUAUGCCAGCAAGUACUAUGAGCUGGUGGAUACGCUCCUGGCCUUGCUGCGGGCCUCCAGGCCGCCGCACUUCGGCCUGCACGUGUAUCACCAUGCCCUCGUUCCGGUCAUGGUCUGGCACUGGCUCGAGUAUUGCACCACUCUUCAGCACAUAGGACUGCUCUGGAACACCUUUGUGCAUGUGGUUAUGUAUGCCUACUACGCUCUGAAGGUUCUCAAGGUGCCGACGCCUUGGAAGAGUUGGGUAACACGCUUGCAGAUCAUUCAGUUCGUCAGCAGCAUGGCUGCCUUCAUGCCGGCCAUGUACUACAUGUGGGAGUCACCGCUCGGAGAUGCGUGUGCUGGGCAGAGGUCAUUUCUGGUGAACCUGGCUUUCAACCUCACGCUGCUGUGGCAGUUUGUUGGAGUGCUUUAUACCCCUGCGGCUGGAGCAAAAAAGGGGGGCCACAAGAAGGAAUGA